AUGAGUUUUCACGUUAAUUUUACGACUCACGGGCCAGAGCUCAAUGCUGCUUAUCAAGCUGUCAUCAGCGAAAAGGACGAUACCAACUGGUUGAUUUAUGCUUAUGAUAAAGGCACCUAUGACUUGCGAGUGCAAGCAACCGGCGACGGCGGUCUCGAGGAACUCACUGAUGAAUUCUCGGAUGGCAAGGUCCAAUUUGCUUAUGCAAAGGUAAUUGACCCUAAUACUGAGCUUCCCAAGUUUGUAUUUAUUGGAUGGUGUGGCAGUGGUGUACCAGAGCUGAGAAAGGCCUUCUUCAACUCUCAACUGAGCGAUGUAUCCAAGUUUUUCAAGAGCUUCCACGUUCAAAUCAAUGCUCGCGAUGAGGCUGAUGUAGAGCCUGAACUCAUCAUGAAGCGUGUCGCCGAGUCUUCUGGCGCCAACUACAGUGUGCACAAAGAAAGCGCCAAACCCCAGGCCCGAGUAACUCCUGUUGGCUCUGUAUAUAAAAAGACCGAAAUCCCCAACAUUGCUGCCAUGCAGCGUGAAUCCAUGACCAAAGAAAACGCACCCAAACCUGUAGGUACUAACUAUACACCUAUUCAAACUACACCCAAAAAGAUGGAACAACGCUGGAACAUGGCUCAAAGCCAAGACUCUGGUGCCAAUGCUGUUCGUGCAGAGCGUGAACGGUUUGAAAAGGAAGUACGUGAUCGUGAGAUGCAACAAGCCAAAGUGCAACAACAACAACAACCACAGCAACAAGAUGACACCAGUGACAGGCUUCAAGCAGAGGCUGAAGCUACUGCUCGACGUGAGCAAGAGGAUGCUGAUAGAAGAAGAAGAGAGCAGGAAAACGAGGAAAGACGUGUGCGUGAACAAGAAAACGAGUUGGCUCGUCAAAGAGCACAGGAAGAGGAACGUCAGCGUCAAGAAGAAGAAGAAGAGUAUCACCGUCGUCAACAAGCUGAGCAGGAGGAUAAUCAGAGACGUCAACAAGCUGAGCAGGAGGAUAAUCAGAGACGUCAACAAGCUGAGCAAGAAGAAAAUCAGAGACGUCAACAACAACAGCAAGAAGAGACAGAGAGACACAGACAAGAGCAAGAAGAACAAGAGAGACAACGUCGCAAUGCUGAAAGAGAGGAGGCUGAGCAUCAACGUCAACAACAAGAACAGCUCAAGAGACAAAAGGAGGAGGAAGAGGAGCGUCAACGACAAGAAGAGGAAGCUCUGCAAGCUCAAUUGAACAAGACUGCUGAUCGUGCUGUUCAUGCAUCACAAGCAGCUGGUGCUGCUGCUGCUGCUCCCUCUGGACCACAUCAAGGUAUCUCGGCUGUUGUGUUGUUUGAGUAUGAUGCCAGCGAAACAAAUGAAAUGUCACUUGUGGAAGGAGAAGUAGUAACUCAAAUCGAUCAAGUGGAUGAAGGCUGGUGGUUUGGUGUCAGCGAGGAUGGAAAGAAGCAAGGUCUCUUUCCUGCCAACUAUGUUCAAAUUUUGGAAGAAGAGCAACAACCUGCUGCUGCUGCUGCUGCUGCUCCCGCUGCUGCUGAUAUUCCCGCCGCACCACCUGUGCCUGUUCAUCCUGAAGAGCCCAAGCAACAGCAAAGCCAAGGAAAUGUUGCCAUUGCCCUGUAUGAUUACUCUGCCGAAGAGGACAAUGAAAUCUCUUUUGCUGAAGGUGAUACCAUCACUCAAAUUGAAUUUGUCAGUGAGGAUUGGUGGCAAGGUUUAGCUGCUAACGGUAAAACUGUUGGCUUGUUCCCUGCCAACUAUGUUGAAUUGAAGCAGUAG